ACGCAACGGCGGCGAGAGCGUUACUCUAUAACCACUCUAUACAGUCAAUAUAUUAUAUAUACCGGCCAAAAUCGGGCAAUAACGAAAGCAAUUGCAACAGUUGUGAAUAUGGUGACAUUUGCCUCGAUCGUUGACCACCAUUCAAUUACCACGCCGCAUUAAGAACGCGCAGUGCCAGAACAACAUAAAACACAUAUAGUAUUAUUUCUAUAUAGUAAAAGUAAAUUAAAUUUAAAUAAAGUUAGUUAAGCAAACGCGAGCAUCAUCAUGAAGCUUCUGUGCUGUGGCGGUAGCAAUGGCUCCAUGGACAUGGACUCCAAGAAUUCCAAGAAGACGGAUGAGGCCGAGGGCCAACAUUCCGGCUUGGGAGUGCGUCACUUUCAGGUGUUCCUGCUCUUCUUUGCCCUGACGGUGGCCUAUGCCUUGAGAGUGAACCUGUCCGUGGCCGUGGUGGCCAUGACGGAUGCGGCCUCUGUGAAUCCCAGUUUUCCGGAAUACCAAUGGUCGGAGAAGGUAAAGUCCCUGCUGCUGAGCAGCUUCUUCUGGGGCUACGUCAUCACCCAAGUCCCAGCGGGUCAGUUGGCCCGUAAGUUCGGAGGCAAGGUGAUGAUCCUCUCCGGCCUGAGCAUCUGCUCCGUCCUGAAUGUCCUUACUCCUCUCUGUGCCAGUCUUGGCGGCUGGCAGCUGGUCUGUGCCCUGCGCGUGGUCGAAGGACUGUGCCAGGGCGUGGUCUUCCCCUCCACGCACACAAUCCUCUCCCAGUGGGCGCCACCGAAGGAGAGAGCCACCCUGGGUACCUGCGCCUAUGCUGGGAAUCAGUUUGGAACCAUCCUCAUGCUGGCCACCAGCGGAGUGAUAGCAGCCUCGCCCAUCGGCUGGCCCAGCAUCUUCUACAUCUCGGGAGGCCUUGGGUGCGUGUGGUCUGUGGUGUACUUCUUCUUCGGAGCUGGAUCCCCGGCGGAGUGCAAGAGCAUCUCGGCGGAGGAGCGGAAGCUGAUCGAGAUGGGACAGGCCAGUGAGGUGAGCAGUGCCGCCGAGGUGCCCAAGGAGCAGUUGCCAACGCCCUGGCUGAGCUUCUUCACGUCGCCCGCCUUCCUGGUGCUCAUCGUGGCCCACUCCACCCACAACUGGGGCUUCUGGACGCUGCUCACGGAGAUUCCCAGCUACAUGAAGAACGUCCUCGGCAAGGACAUCAAGUCGAAUGCGCUGCUCUCCUCCCUGCCGUACGUCUGCAUGUUCUGCAUGUCCUUCGUCUUCUCGGCCAUCUCCGCCCAGCUGAACAACAGGAACUGCGUGUCCACGGUCACGAGUCGCAAGCUCUUCAACUCCAUUGGCCUGUGGAUCCCCAUGAUCACGCUGGUGUGUCUGGGCUAUGUGGGCGCCGACCAGUCGGAGCUGGCCGUGGUCCUGCUCUGCUUCACCGUGGGCAUGAACGGAGCCACCUACCUGGGCUACAACAUGAACCACAUUGAUCUGUCGCCGAACUUUGCCGGCAUCCUGAUGGGCAUCACCAACGGAGUGGCCAACAUCAUGAGCAUCAUUGCCCCUCUGAUCGUGGGAUUCAUUGUCACAGAUGAGCACGAUCCCGAGCAGUGGCGCAUUGUCUUCUUCAUUGCCUCCGGCAUCUAUCUGGUGGGCAACACUCUCUACGUGAUCUUUGGCAAGGCCAAUGUCCAGCCUUGGAACGAUCCUCCGCCGAAGCCGCGUCGCAACUCCACGCCCCAAGUGGAGUCGCAGCACUAAGGACUAAGGACCACGAAUUUAGUGGAAGGUGGACCCAGAAGCCGACUAGUCAGCUGUGUAGUUCUCCGAAUCCGAGACGAAACUGUCAAACUGUCAAUCCUAAGUUAGGAUCCCUAACUGUAGCAAUGGGCACGCAAUGCAUUCUCGCAUUCCUGCCGCUUGUAUAUUUGUAAAUUGUAUUUAAAUACCUUGUAUUUGCAUUCCCCCUCGUCUUAAGUCUUAGUUAGUACCGACUAAUUGAUAAGGUCAAUCGAAAAGAAAGAAGCAAAAAAAUAACAAAAUAAAUUAAGCAUGAGCAACAUGUGAAAAGAGAAACCACAGAAAAGUUUGAUUCACAGCUGCGGUUGAGUUUCUGUGGGAUAUGUUCGCUCGUUUAAAGGUCAAGGUCAAGGAAAAAUAAAUAUUA